AUGGGAAGCUUCACAUUCAGGUGGGAACACCCCGCCAACGAAGUCUUCGUCACCGGCACUUUCGACGACUGGUCGAAGAGCGUGCGACUAGACAAGAAGGAUAACUACUUCGAGAGGACAGUAGAUCUUCCGCAGACAGGCGAGAAAAUCUACUACAAGUUCGUCGUCGACGGCAACUGGGUGACCAAAGACACGGCCCCAGCAGAGAACGACGGCCACUACAACUACAACAAUUUCUUGAACCCUGUAGACCUUCAGCCAUAUCCAUCCUCGCACGCGCACACGAUGUCUUCGGCCGCACCCCACUCCACGACGUCCCAGCUGGCUGGAGCCCAGCCCAAAGAAGAGCGCCCGCCGUCGGACUCAUCCAUGCCAGGCGGCUUUCCCGACACACCCGGAGACGAACUCAAGGAGUUUUCCGUCAAGCCCAUUCCGGCCACCUCGGAUGCUCCUGUACCCGGAGGACCUGGAUCCGGGAACCCAGUGAAUCUCGAACCUGGCGAGAAAGUGCCGGACUCGAGCAACUUCACAGACAACACCGUGUCCUCGACUGCUCGCGACGAUCCCUCACUCAAAGACAGCCCCGAAGACUCCACCGAAGAUUCUACCAAAGACUUCAAAGACUCCAAAGACUCCAAAGACUCCAAAGACUCCAAAGACUCCACCCAAGACUCCAACCAAACCUUCGGCGUUGCUCCUAUUCCUGCGUCUUCGGGCAUCGGUAACCCCAUCAACAUUGCGCCUGGCGAGAAAGUGCCUGACUCAUCGACCUUCAACCGAAACACCGUCGAGAGUACUGCUAGGACGGAUCCAGACUCAUACGAGAGGAGCGAUGCGGGCGCACCAUCCCUACCGCCUGUCGUCACGCCGGACGCCGAACGGGAAUCAAAGGGUGGAAUGUUCGGUCUGCCCUCAGUCUUGAAAAACCUGAUACCCCAAUCUAGCUUGCCGAUUGUAGGCACAAACACGAAAGACUCUUCCGAACGGGACACGAAGGAUUCUUCCGACCGGGAUGCAAAGGAUUCUACUGGUCUUCCCUCGAUGGUAAAGAAUUUGAUACCAGAGUCGUCGAGCUUGCCGAUCAUAGGAACAGACAAGAAAGAUUCUUCCGAGCCGGACACUAAGGGUUCUACUGGUCUGCCCUCAACCUUGAAAACCCUCAUACCAGAGUCGGCCUUGCCAAUUAUGGGAAUAGACAAGAAAGAUUCUUCCGAGCCGGAGACGAAAGAUUCUUCCGUGCCGGAGUCGAAAGAUGCUUCUGUGCCGGACACCAAGGACUCUUCCGAGCCGGACACAAAGGAGCCCUCCGAGCCGAGCCUUUUCACGCAGUCAGCGGGACCUACAAGCACGACCGCCAUGUUGGCUGGUCAAGUACCGAAAGAGCCAAGAGGAGUGCCGCAGGUCGUCACCGAUAGCCAGCAGCAGGCUCAUGCCGAUCCCGAGGCAGCCGCUUCACCAGAAGCUGUGCAGGAGAAGAAGCAGCUGGAGCAAGAGCUCCUGAGGGAGGUACCAGAAGUGAAACCCGCAGCUGAGAGCGGCACUUCCACCGGCAAACUUGGCGGCAUGGAGACCGGUGAUUCAGCAGCAGCGGGCUCCGUUGUUUCGCCAGAAGUCGUCGAGGAGAAAAAACAGCUCGAGCAAGAACUGCUGGAGAAGGUACCGGAAGCGCCGCCCACAGCUGAAAGCGGCACAUCCACUGGCCGAGUUGGCGGCAUGGAGGCUGGUGAUUCUGCUAGUUCCGCUAUUGGCAGCGCCGCAUAUGGCACCGAGGAUAGACAACCCGAGACUGCAAGCUACGACCAAACCUCUAGUGGGCCAUCUACCGGCGCCGCGGCCGGCAUCAUGACUGGCGCUGCGGCUGGCGCCGUAGCCGGUGGUGUCGUUGCCGGCGGCGUUAGCCACGGUCUGAACCCUGAAAUCCAGCGGAUGAUCGACGAAAUGAACAAAGGACAUGGUGUGACUACCAUACAAGAGCUCGACAACACCGUGAACGUGCCAGAGCCGGUUGCUGAGUCCUACACCCGAGCCUACGGAAGCCUCGAGGCGGCUGCCUAUCCUGAAGUGGUCUCAGAAAAGAGGGAGGUUGAGGAGGAGCUGCUCUCGAAGGUACCAACGGCCGAUGAGAAGGGCGAGCCUGCGCCCGUGACGACAUCCACCACUUCAAUGUCCGCAGCGCCCAUUUCCAUCCCUGGCACUUCUUCCUCUCCAGCCCCAGCCGUCCCUGACGUGGUGGCUGAGAGCAUAUCUGCCUCCCACGUAUCACCGGAGGCGGCAGCGAACCCUGAGGCCGUGACCGAGAAGAGCUUGAUGGAAGCUGAACUCCGAAAGGUUGUUACACCGACCGACGUGGCCGGUGAACCGGCUCCAAGUGAUAGUGCCGCUCUCUCAGCAACUGCGCCUGCUACGACGACUUCGAGCGCGCUCAGCCCGACCAGCAUAGACGAUGGCGAACCGCUCAAGAGCUCGAGCGAGGUCGAUGUGAGUGCGCCGAUUGCAGCAACGACCGUGAUGUCCGUGCCACCCGCCCCAUCUACCGACGGUGCUCAAGACCAGGUAAGCGGGUUGAACGCCCCAGCCGAGGCGCCCGCCCAGUCCGCCGCCACGGAGACAGGCCAGCUCGCCGCGCAGGACCCAGACAGGCCAUCCGACACAGCAGGCGCAGACCGCCUCGCCGAACAAGAGGCUACCCGGCCAUCCGACUCCCGCGACGUCUCUCCAAUGAGCAAAGCCCCAACCAACAUCUCCCGAGGCCCAAUCGUCACAACGGGCGUCGGUGCGACACCGGCUGCGCCAUCCACCACCGUCCCGGCGACCUCGACUGGCACCGCCAGUGCCAGCCAGCCAAGGAAGGAGUCGAUGCUCGGCCCGGAUACGGGGGCUGCGCCAGCUGCACCGGUCACGCCUGCGAAGAGCCCCCAGAGGAACUUGGAACCGAAGGUUAAGGGGACCCCGGAGAGUGCGCGCACGAGCACAAGCCAGGCUAGUGCGCCGGAGGAGGCGGGCGCGGAGGGGAAGAAGAGCAAGCGGAGGAGCUUCUUUGGAAAGUUGAAGAGUGCUUUUAAGUAA